CACGGAGGGGUGCCGGGGACGCGUCGAUAUGGAAGCGUUCACGAAGAGAUGGAACUCAAAUUCGAUCCAGCGCGCACCGUUGCAACGCGCACGGUGACGAAUGUACACGCGCUAAAUUGAGAUCAGCCUCCCCCCCCCGCCCCGCGUCAAAUUGUGUGUAAGUUCAUACACGGAGAGGUUGUGGUCCCAGCACCCUGCCUCAUCACACCCUUGACACACGCGCACACACACACGCGCGCGCGCGGGGCACAGGCAGUGGUACAUUCCGGCACGGGUGCUGCUGAGCCAGCCAGUGUGCUCGGCCAGCGAGUGUGAGCAGACGGGCAGAUGCCUUAUGGUUGCGUGUGCGCGUGCGGCCGUGGUGGUUGUGGUGGUGGCGGCCGUACAGCAGGGAGGACAUCUCUCUUUGCAGGGAGGAUGAACAUAUAAUUCAUCAUUGCUGCAAGCGGAAGGAUAGGACGCACACCAUUGCGAAACACUUCAGCGGCUCUGGAAAAUCCAAACAACUCCUCGUGAGGCGGCCGCGGUCACUGGAGAUGAGAGGAAACUCAAAAAAGAGGGCACUGCAGUUCCCUGCAUAGGUUUCUAGACGUGGGCCCCGCAUGCAGUCCGGGGUCAUGGCGAGCCCGCCGUGCCCAUCUACUGCUGGCCUGGCCGAGGACCUAAAGCAGAUCGAGAGAGUGAAGGAGUCCAUCGCGGACAUCAUCGGGCAGCUGGGUGAGGGCGACGACGCGGGCGGCCUCUCCUUUGCGCCCUUCCUCGACCUGGACACGCAAAUCACGGUCGUCCCGGCCUCCAAGAGCCUCGGCUCUUCCCUGGACGAGCUGCGAUCCUCGCCAUCCUCCUCGGCCUCGUCCUCCACCUCUUCGUCGAUGUCCGCUCUGGAAUCACCGUCCGAGUGCCGGCCCAAGUCGUCCGAGUCCCAGACCGAGCUCCUGGAGUCCCACCCGCAGGACCCCGCGCGCCACGGCGUCAAGGAGGACGGCGCCCCCUCCAAGCGUUCGUCGAUGGCCGGGUCGAGCAGCAGCGGCAGGGGAACGUCGGCGGACAGAUCCGGCCUGCGCUCCAACGGCUCGGUGCCCACCGCGGGGAAUGGGCCGGGCCGCGCGGUGGGCCAGGGCGGCCACCAGGUUACCGUGUUGCCGCUGAAAAGCUUCGCGGACCAGCGGCCGGGGCGCGUCGCCUGCACGGCCGAGCCGGAAACGGAGAGCGACCUGUCGCCGUCUCCGCUGCACGCGCGGCGGGAGGGCGUCCCCGGGAGCCCGGAGACGCGGCCGCUGCUGCGCCCGUCGUCCUCCUCCGACGGCGAGACGCUCGUCGCGGGCCUCUCAGGUCGGCCGUCGUCUCGCGGCAGCCUGGCGUGUGAAGACGGCGGCGCCGCGUGCCUGGAAGCGGCCGAAGCCCCCUCGGCGUGCGACGGGGCCGCAGGGAAGCUCGGAGGAGCAGGACGUGGAGGGUGCAGCGGCGGCGGUGGCAGCGGAGGAGGAGGAUCGCGCUGCGGGCGCCGUAAGCGGAGCGGCUGCUGCUGCUGCCGCUGCUGCGGACACUCGGCGGUGAGGGCACAGGCGAAGGCCGUGGUGUCGGUGCUACUGGCCGUGCUCGCUGCCCCCGCUGCCCUCUUUGCCGCCUACGAGUACCUGCCCUACGAGGCGCCCGUGUGCCCGGACCUGGCCAGCCGCAUGGUGUACGCGCUGCGCUGUGGCCUCUUUACGCUCUUCCCAACAGUGUUCGGUGUCCUGGCGCAGGGCGUGGUGCGGCUCUGCGCCUGCUCGGGAGGCUCGCCGGGGCGUCGCGCCGAGCGGGAGCGCGGGGUGAACACGUGGGGACGCCACGCCGCCGGCUCCACCGAGCAGCUGCUCCUCUACCUGCUCAACCUGCUGGUGCUCGCCUCCUACCUGCAGCAGGCCGACCUCAAGGUGCUGCCCAGCCUCGCCGCUCUCUUCGCCAUCGGGAGGCUGGUGUACCUGCUGAGCUGUGUGCUGUGCCCUGGAUGCCGGGGUUUCGGGUUCAGCCUCGUCUUCGUUCCGGCGCUCGCCAUGCUCUGCUACAACCUAUACUGCCUCUUCACGCUGGGCCUUGACCGCCUCUUCCUGCAGUCCUCGGAUCUCGCGCCCACGGCACCAUCGCCGCCACGGCUCCGCUUCUGGGGCUGACGAGCGCCGACCGGCCGAGGCAAAUGCAGUUCAGGAGUCGACACGCGUGCGCACACACAUGAUACCAGGCACAGCAGCGUGACACUAAUUUAAUGUCGCCCACCAAACCCAGCACCAUCGUGUCAGGACCUCAUGGGCUGUACCCUACUGGACCAGCAAGUGGGUUGGCACAUCCCCUGGUGGUGAUGUCAUCCGUACCGUAGUAUCUUAAUACAACAUUACUUCAUUAAACCAGCGGUUCAAAUAGAAGGGCUGGCAGAUUAAGUAAAUUAAGUAUUCGAGAUGAAGCCCAACUUCAACAGAUGUGGCACCAACACUAGCUGUAUCGAUAAAAAGUUCAGUCGGUCUGUAGUCUUGGGCAGAGGAUAACAAAUGGUGCUAAAAUGUUUAAUAUGUAGUGCAGAUCUAGACAGAGGAAGGGAAUGAAUUGGCAUUAUGAUAUACACAGCAGGCAUACAGUGGUUGUUAAAGUUAAAGCACUUGGCUGAUCAUAAUAAAGAAUAAUUCAGUACAUUGGUGUCUGUGCCAUUCUUAAAGGGCAAGGCAAUCACAAAGACGCUGUGUAAUCCCAAUUCAGUAAUUUUUACAAAUGUUGCUGGUUUGGACAACACUAACAUACAAUUGCAUACUCAUUUCGAAUGACAUAACAGCAUUUUUUUUUACAUUCACGGCGAAGCAGAUGGCACCUUUUAAUACGGUUAAAACACCUCCUGUGCCGCAUUCGAACCGUGAAACUCUGCAGAGUGGCGAACUUACUAUACCACAAGGCCCUGCCAACGCCCCAAGGCCGUGAUCGUGCCCGUUUGCUGGUAGCGCCCAUAUAGGAUGGGGCAAAUGAAAAGUUAAUUCAAUCAAACAAUUCUGAGAUAUUAGGUAGUGUACAGCAACGGGAGUUGCCCCUUUAAUAAAAUAAUGCCUGGGUAUAGGCCAUGCAUGGUCUGUUAGCAGGGCUUGAUUUCAGCCGGAGCUGUCUGGGGCAAAGCUCUGGGAAAUGUCUCCAGUUCGGAGUUUGGGCUCCGGAAUAUAUUUUUUUAAAAUAAGCCCCAGUAUCUUACUUUAAUGUUACACAGAGAAUGGCCUCCGAUGCAUCGUCUUCUGCAAGUGGUAGCCAAUUUAAUCUUGACCAAUCACUUGCCGGGCUUUCCAUAGCUACAUGAACCUGCUGAAUACAUUGCACAUGCCUCACUUAUCAAUUGAUGCAUGUUAAUAGACAUUAUCUAACGUAAAAAAAAUCGAAGCUGGGGUUGCAACGUGCAGGGUUGAGAACCAAGUGGUAUAGAAAAUCUACAGCAUUCAGCCUUUGCUUGCAGCAGUUCCCUUGUUGCCUUUUAGAGUGCACGCACACACACAGCGAUUAUCAGUAACCCACCAAGGUGCUCACGGUCUUUAUAGUCAAGUUAUAUCUGUACUCGCCAUACAUCGUACCGUAACACCUAGGUUCAACAUCGACAUGUGCUGUCGUGUGUAAGUGUGGGUAGAUAGUUGCAUGGAGACUCGCGGUGGGUUGUAGCAUGAAGAACAUCCGUUAGCCCGUCAUGCCCAAUGAAACACAAUUCCCAGUCCUGCGACUCAACUCAAAACGCCGCGUUGUAUUGCUUUCAUGUGCACACGUUGCCAUAUCACUCAGAAUGCAGAAGCUAAGCAAAGAUGAGCGUUGAGUAGUGCUGUAUUGGUGACUGCCAUACACAAACAGGUUGCCAUAGACUGCGGGGGCGACGUGGUGAGGUCAGUGGAGCAGAAUCUAUUGCCGUACUGUAUUCCAACGCUCCCACGUCUGUGCCCCUCGUCUUCACCAACACGCAUCGACGAGCACAAUGAUGUAUGAUCGCAUAACCCCCACAGCCUGCAUAAGGUGUGGGGAGGCCCUUAUCCAGCAGUGGAAAGACAAAAAGGGCUAUACUUGUACAUACACAGCAGCUUAAUUGGCACCAUGUGGAGGACACACCAUUCAAAUGCAUUGCGGGGGGACUCACAAUGCUGGACAUACCUCCGACACAAGCAAAGAAGACGCGACACCCAUAACAAAGCAAAAUUGGUACUGUCCUCUGCCCGAUGCCAAUAUUGGUCUUUGUGGCACGAUGCAGGUUGGCAUCAAGCCACGAAAAGGCGCUGUGUGUGUGGCCAGGGUUAAUUUGUCAUCAAGCAGGGCGUGUUAAAUGCGUGCUGUGUCCGUGACCGCACAGAAGAGAGCCAUUGUGCACACAUGUUUGUACAGAUGCAGCUAUCCGUUAUUGUAUUUAAGCUUGCCAGCUGUGCAUGGAUAUUAAGCAGUCGUCUUAUGUGGGUGCGUAGGCAUUUACGUCUAUGGAUAAGGACCGGUUCUCUUGUGAGUACAGUAUGCCCAGUGUUAACGUUGCAUAAAUGUAACUUUUAUAAGAGAUGACUAUGUUUUUAAGUGUUUUAUUCUCAUUGUUACAGCUGCGAUCUUCAUUCCCCGCAUAUUUAAAUUUAUUUUUGAAAUCAUGAGAAUGCAAAUGAUGGCCAGAUCACUGCAGGUAUUGUAACAUAAUUUAAAUGCAAUACUAUUUUACGUACAUUUACUUUAGGCAUUUUACAUACUGACAGAUUUAGGUUAUUGUUGAUUUUUUUAUAUAUAUAUUUUUAAAAAGUUACUUUAAAAAAUCCACAUUACGGUAUCUUGCAAUGAGUGAAGAUAUAUGCAGCAUCAUCAUCAAUACAUUUUCAAGCAAACUUUGUCCUGUUAAGUUGACUGGGUGGUUGUGGCGGUGUUGUGACUGGUGCGUGAUGUAAAGUGUAUUAUAUAACACGUUUUAGUAUCUUUUUUAUAUACUCCAUUCGAUGAACUACCAAAAUAAAGCUUUGUCACUUUCUAACACGUUCUCUAGAUUUUUUUUAAAGUUGAUUAAUGCACGAAGAAAAUAAGACUUUACCUUGGGUUUCAAAAUUCUAUUAUAAAUUGGUGCAAAACAAAAUAUAAUCUGUCCAAGGGCAGGAGGGACACACAACCAAUCUGAUCACAAGUUGAGAACGAGUCACCAACGCAUACCAAAUCCUUGCAUCCAGUGACAAAAUCAAAGCCAGGGUUUUUAAACAUAAGGUUUUUAUGAAGAGUAAUUAAUGAAACAAUUUACAAGGACUUGGAAUAAAUCCAACUUUAAUAUCCUAUUUAUAUAAAUAUUAUUAAUGUGAUGAUGUAUCGAUUCAUAUAUCUUUGAAGAUCACGAUGCAUGGCACCGAAUCACGUAAGAAUGAAUGCUUUUCGAUUUGAAUGCCCGAUCUUAUCAAAUCCUAGAAGCUAAGCAGCUUUGGGCCUGGAUAGUAUUUUGGUGGGUGACCAACCUUGCAUUAAACCGGUGUUUGUAGAUUGCUGCCGAUGCUACACUGUCAGCAGAUUACAUUGUUGUACUCUGCAAAGCUUGCAACGACAAUGCCUUUAUAUUCUGGGUUCUUUCGGUAAAGUCCCGUAGAAGGGAAACAAUAAACGUCGUGAGGAUUGUAUUGUUUUAUAUUUUUAUUAUUUUAUUGUUUCCCUUCUACGUGCCUUUACCGAAAGAACCAAGAAUAUGAAUCCCUGCAGUCACGAAAGCUUUAAAUCAAAACAAUGCCUUUACCAACCCUAACUGGUUAGCAUGGUAAAAUAGUCCAAAUAACCCUCACGACCCACACUUUGCUAGGAAAAACAUAUAAAAGGCUAACGGUUCGAACAAUGGCAGACCACUUAUAAGAAAGGCCACUGAAGGUUUCUUGCCUGAAAAUGUUAGCUUGAGUUAUAUCUAUCCUGUUAUAACUCGGUAUUCGAGAGAGAAUGAGACGGGUUCUCUUGAAUGUCAACACCUUCCUGGUGAGCUCAAGAAAUGUACGAACGCAAGGAUGGAAAUGGUUUCAAUGCCAGCACGAAGUAUAUUUUCAGAAGUUUUGGAAAUCCUCCUCAAGUUCCUUGUCCAGGGCAGCCUGUAGAGAGACAACAUUGGGAAAAAAAGACUGAGAAAAGUCUAAAAAUAAUUUGAGCUGACAUGCUACAGGGAAUUCAUUAUUGAACAUUGAUUUAUACUUUGUGCAUUCUUUUCGAUUUCUCACUACAGUUGUUUUUUACUCUGUUUUCCUAUUUGCUUCAUUGAUGCAAAGAAAGUUUUAUUUGUUUUGCUUUUUUUUAUUUUGGCAACCCAGGUCACUCUUGAAAAUUAGGCUCAUGCUGGUCUCUUGAGUUCUCACCUUCUGGUUAAACAUCAUGAACUUUACUUGCAUCAGAAGGCAAUGUACUAUAUGAGCGAGCCAGAAUAAAGGAUACAGUGAGGGAAAAAAA